AUGAUGAAAAUGAUGGGAGUAUAUGGUGUAGUGGUGGUGGUGUGUUUGAGUUUUUCGGGUAGUUCUGGGUACUUUUUCGAUGAUUUGAUGGAAGAGCAGAGCGAUGAUACUGCGUUAGUGGAAAGCACGAUCAGAGAGGCGAGGGCUGUGAGGCCUCAGAGCAUACACGACCUUUUAAAACCUGGUGUUAAGGAAGCUUAUAUACACACAUACGGCGACGAACCUGGAGCGGAUGGAAACGUUCAAGGUUUUCUAAAAAAGACCAACGAUAAAGGAGACGACGGCUACAAGCACUUUGACAGCUAUCAUAAAAAAGAUGCUGAUAAAUAUGGGUUUGAAGUUCAUUCCGAAUACGGAAAGUUAAACAAGGCAGACAUCGAUACUGCAAGCGGUAGAAAGGAGGCUACUUCUAACAAAGAUAAUGCUGAUGAAACCAAAAAGACCUAUAAAGUGGUAGAGGAUCCAGAAAGUAACAGCCAAUAUUAUGGAGAUUACGAAGGAGAAGGGGAAUCUGAAAAAUAUGCUGAUAGUGAGUCAAAUUCAGAAGCUGAAGAGGAAGAGGAGUCCAGUCCUUACUCUUCACUUUACUCUAACAGUGAUGCAGAAAGUGAUGGAGAUGAUGGUGAAAAAUCUUCGUAUACUUCCAGUGCCGAUGAUGGUGAUGAAGAAUCGGAAAGUUAUACAAACGACGACGAGGAAGAAUAA